UUUUCUUUUCCAAGCCGCCAUAUUGGUUGACCAAAAUAAGAUCUUGGGUUUAUUUCAGUGCGGCUGUAGCCGUUUUACCAUGUGGCACAGCCAGGUUGACUGACUCUGGAGCCAAGCACAAACGUUUCUCUCUUGCAUUUCGGGAAGGAGACUGCUAUGUUUGACAGUGAUGAUGACAGCCCUCAGCUCUCUGCACAGGCUCUGGCUGCUCUGCAAGAGUUUUAUUUGGAGCAGCAGCAAAAAGAGACCUCUGUGGUUGACAAGUUCUCUGUUGGGGCCAUUGAGGAGGACUGGCAACUGAGCCAGUUUUGGUAUAGUAAAGAAACGGCAGAGAGCCUGGCAAAAGAAGUAAUAUCUGCAGCUGGAAAGGGUGGCAAAAUUGCCUGCAUUAGUGCUCCAAGCAUCUAUCAGAAAUUGAAGGAGUUGCAGAAUGAGGAUUUUUCUGCAUUUGUGCUGGAGUACGACAGACGUUUUUCAGUGUACGGAGAUGAAUUUGUGUUCUAUGACUAUAAAAAUCCUCUCAAUUUGCCGGAGCACUUUGAACCGAACAGUUUUGACAUUGUUGUCGCUGAUCCUCCCUACCUCUCUGAAGAGUGUCUUAGCAAAACAGCAGAGACUGUCAAAUUCCUUACCAAGGGAAGGAUUCUGUUAUGUACAGGUGCUGUCAUGGAAGAGCAAGCAGCAAAACUCCUUGGUUUAAGGAUGUGCAAGUUUAUCCCGAAACACAAUAGAAGCUUGGCCAACGAGUUCAGGUGCUACAUCAAUUAUGAAUCCAGCCUAGACUCUUGACUUAAUCUCUCCCAGUCUAUAAUUGUGUGUCAUUAAAUGGAUGUAUUCCAAACACAAUUUGGGGACAGAUGAAGUUCCAGUGCAAAGUUUGCUUAUCUUGGAAUAUAUACCGAGCAUCAAAAGAAACAUAUCCCUUAUAUUUAAGCAUCAAAAGAAACAUAUCACUUAUGUUUGGAUAACAUUCACUAAAUGUGAUCGAAAAGUGACAAACUCUGUCGAUCUUGGGCAGGUGUUCUGACUCUUGGUCUCCCAGUUCGUGGCCUAUCAUUGACAAUGUCUGGUUAUACC